UUAUCUGCAUUUAAACAGAGCACUCGAGUCAAGAUUUACUGUCAUUUCCCUUGAGAUUACUUACCAGUUCUGUUUGAUUUUGCUCGCGCGCGAUUUAAGAAUGAGGUUUACGACCAAGGUGUCGUCUUCGCAGGAGGCUAGAGUUGCUAAAUCGGCGAUGUCCGAUCAGACUUUUACAUUUUCCGUGAAAAAAUCAGAGGUGUCUAAUGGAGCGGCUAUGACGGGUUCGGAGAGCGAGGGAGCUGUCGGCGGAGAACCGCUCAAAAAAUCAAGUACACUCAACGUUAACCGCGAACAAAUUGAAGAUUUCACCAGCGUCCGCGACAAAAUCUUCCCUGUGAUUAAAGCGCGCUCUUGGGUCGACGCCACGAAGGAUUUACUCGUCAAAAUUGAUCCCAAAAGUAAAGCGGGUGUCUUAUUCACGCCAUUGAAGAACAUUCCGGGUACAAAACUUGGCUACACGCUAGCGAUUGUUAACGACAGUCACCGCACUGAUUCACUUAACUUCAUCUUGACGAGCCAUUUAGAAGCUUGGACCACCUCAGAGAGUGUUCUGCAGGAGGUGGCGCUAAAAAAUUUGGAACAAAAGCUGGACAGUCUUGGGGAAAAUCUCUGGAUGCAAAGCAAGACAGGUAUUCACUACAUUGAUAAUUUAGGAUCGAUAUCAGCAUCUGUUCUCUUACUCCCGCGUUUCAUAGCGCGGUUGGAUGUAGAAAACGGCGACGCUGUGAUUGUUGUGCCUUCCAGUGAUCUCUGCAUGGUUGUGGGGUCCAAAAUGGAGACACGGCUCUGCAUCGUAGGAGAAAUGUCUCUUCGAUAUUCCAGCGAUCCGCAUCACUUGAACGCGAGACUUCGUUUGAGUAAGUCAAGAAUGAUAAUCGCAAAUUACACACCGAAAUCUUACGCCGGAGAGUUUCCCGUUCCGUCGACGCUCGAAGAAGUCGCUGGCCUAAAACUAAGGGUUACCCCGAUUAAAAGGAAAAAAUAAUUCUUAAAAAUGUAUCUUUGAUUAAUAUUUUAGUGAUGAACACUACUAGACAGAACAAAGGCCACACAAUGGGCUUUGUAUAAACACUUGAAGACAACUCCGUAAGUCGUCACGUAUUGUAUCACGCACUGUGCUUACGUUGGUAAACUAAACUUUGUAGAGUUCUUAAAGGAAAUAAAUUAUGAACCAUGUUUGCAUUGGCCUAUAAAUAAGAGAACGCUCUGUCUGCAAAGCUCUAGUGGCGCAAUUUUUUAAAUUUUAGCGGCAAACUAGUGACCUUAACUGUAUUUUUAGUUCAAUGAGACACAAAGUACUUGCAAACAUCUUGUUAAUUUAAUUAAUAUGCUUAAGUCUGUAAAUAGCUUCAGUGACCCGCUGGGUCAGAAGGGAUUUGGAAGGUUUACAAAGGAAUGUUUAUCUUGUCUUGUUCAUGUUGUCUUUGUCAAUGUUAAUACGGAACGGCAUGAAAAAAAUAUAAAAAUAAUUAAGUCUCUAAGAGAUAUUUUGGUUUAAAUUUCUCUCGUGACUUAUUCGGCAUCCUUUUCUGAAAUAUUAACGCUCUUGUAAGACUUUAUAAGGAUUCUUGUAACACAUCGAUGCCGGUAGAGUUUGUACCAAGGACUGUAACAAACCUCAGGAAUUGCGUGACCAAGACUGUCACACAGCGCAAUCUCGUCCUGGGGAGUUUCUCCGUUAGCUUUCAAGAUGGCGGCUGAUCACGUAAGAAAACUGACUGAGAAACCUCUACGGGGGAGGUUGCACAACCUUAUAGCCUGGGCAUUGUGUUACACUGAGUAGACACUAUUGCAUUCUGAGAGGAGGGGUUGGCGAUUAAAAUAAAAGUUGCCGGGGAGCAAUUUUCGGCGCUACCAGAAAGAGUAAUUUAGAAAGAGUCGAUGUAGUGGAGCUAAAUUCUGCAUUUACUAAUAAACACUAAUUUACCAACAA